GGGCGGAAAAGCCUGUUUACACAGACUGCACACCGCCUGGGGAAUAAUGCAGUAAAGGAAGUGAGCCGGCUCGGCCUGACUGCUCCAACUUCCUGCUCUCUCACACACACACCAGAGGGGGGAAAAAGAGAGAGGAGCGAGAGAAAGAAAAAAAGGGGGAAAAAUCAGGAUCUCAUUACAAGAGCAACAGACCGUCUGCAGACGCCUGUCAGCAUGGAAAGUCGGGGGGUUUCGCCCGGCUCCUCCUAGAAAUUCCCCCCGAAGAAGGAUCUUGAAAGCUCCCCCACAUCUGGGCAUGGAGAGUGCAAUCACGCUGUGGCAGUUCCUGUUGCAGUUGCUGCUGGACCAGAAACAUGAGCACUUGAUCUGCUGGACCUCGAACGAUGGUGAAUUCAAGCUCCUCAAAGCAGAAGAAGUGGCCAAACUGUGGGGACUCCGAAAAAACAAAACAAAUAUGAACUACGAUAAACUGAGCAGAGCCCUGCGAUACUAUUAUGACAAGAACAUCAUCAAGAAGGUGAUCGGGCAGAAGUUUGUGUACAAGUUUGUGUCUUUCCCAGAGAUCCUGAAGAUGGAUCCGCACGCAGUGGAGAUCAGCCGAGAGAGCCUGUUGCUGCAGGAUAGAGACUGCAAGGUGUCUCCCGAGGGCCGCGAGCCCCACAAACACAGCCUGUCUGCCUUCAAGAGCACCAGCCGCAACGAGUACAUCCACUCAGGCCUCUACUCCUCCUUCACCAUCAACUCCCUCCAGAACCCGCCCGAUUCCUUCAAGGCCAUCAAGACAGAGAAGCUGGAGGAGCAGCCCGAGGGCAGCCCUCCCGUGGAGGAAGUCAGGACUGUCAUCAGGUUUGUGACCAAUAAAACCAGCAAGCAUGUCACCCGGCCUGUGGUGUCUCUGCCCUCCACGUCCGAGGCCGCAGCCACAUCAGCCUACCUGGCCUCGUCUGUCUCAGCCAAGAUCUCCUCCCUAAUGUUGCCAAAUGCGGCCAGCAUUGCCUCCACAUCGCCGUCCUCAUCUCGGUCCCCGUCCCUGUCCCCCAACUCACCCCUCCCUUCUGAACACAGGAGCCUCUUCCUGGAGGCCGGCUGCCAUGACUCGGAGUCCCUGGAGCCCUUGAACCUGUCAUCAGGCUCCAAGACCAAGUCUCCGUGUCUCCCCCCAAAGGCCAAAAAACCCAAAGGCUUGGAAAUCUCCGCACCCCCACUGGUGCUGUCCGGCACGGACAUCGGCUCCAUAGCUCUCAACAGCCCAGCCCUGCCCUCAGGAUCCCUCACCCCAGCCUUCUUCACCGCACAGACACCAAACGGACUGCUUUUGACCCCAAGUCCACUGCUGUCCAGCAUACAUUUCUGGAGCAGCCUUAGUCCAGUUGCCCCGCUGAGUCCUGCCAGGCUGCAAGGGCCAAACACGCUGUUCCAGUUCCCAACACUGCUGAACGGCCAUAUGCCAGUGCCAAUCCCCAGUCUGGACAGAGCUGCGUCUCCAGUACUGCUUUCUUCCAACUCCCAGAAAUCCUGAUGACAUCUGGCUGCAAUUAAGGACUCAUUUCGGGAAGAUACAAAUCUGUCCCCAAGGACUAAGUUUACCUGUGUCAUGAGAAGGACAUUGUGAAACUCUUUUAAUUCGGUUUGCACUUUUCAUAACAUGGAUAGUCUAGAUUUAUGUUAGCCUUUUUAAAACAUUUUUUUAUAUUCAAGUAUAUAUGAAAAUCCGUUUUGCAUUAAAUGAAUUGUUUUUAAUAUCCUCUUAGCUCAUAAGUGUUGAACACUGUUGACAGUGAAGAGCCUUUCUUAACGGAUUUCAGUGUAAUAACUAGUAAGGAUGUGAAGCUUCUUUCCCCUUUACUUCUGCAUAUGCUGAACUGUGCUUAGACACACCAUAACCAGCUGUGCCUUCCUUUGCAGUUAGUUUUAUGUAAAUGAUUUAUAUAUUUUUUAGGAUUAAGAGAAAAUGUUUGACAUGACAAAAAUAUGUAUCGAUCAGCUCUCUUGUAGAAUUUCAUUUUUCACAAGCAGGCAUUCUGAAAGCAUAUUCGUAGUACUUUUUCUUUUGUGCUUUCAAUUGUAUAAGGAUUGCCUUAGAACCUCUUUUUUUGACUGAAAUUCAGUAAAUGUAAUGUCCAAGUGAUGUUUUUAUAAAAACAAACUAAGCCAUAUUUAGACAAUAAACAU